AUACAUAACACUACUGAGCGAAAAGUUCGAAGGGUCGGACCUCCCCUGCUCGGCCCGUUCAUAGCUUCGCCCUUGUGAAAGUUAGAACACUAAAAAAAGUGAAUCAAGUACAAAACAAUUAACAAAAUUUUCAGUUGUUCAGCCUUCUCGAUCCAAUUCGUGUCACGAGUCACGACCACCUAAUCCCCAAUUUUCAACACCACCUUCAGAUCUCAUCCAUCUGUUCUCAAUUUCACAACAGAUCAAGAAAGAGGGUUUUGUUCUAACAAAAGAGCAUUACCAUUAGGGGCAUAAAUGGGGUGUUCUUUUUCCGGACUCAACGCCCUCUACGACGCCGUUAACGGUGGCGCUGAUGUUUGGAUCAACGACAACCGGUUUAAGGUUGUUCGGCAGCUUGGUGAGGGUGGGUUUGCGUACGUGUUUCUUGUUAGAGAGGUUAUUACCGAUGCGUCUGGUCCGGGUGUAUCGGCGAAAUUCAAAGAUCCAUCUCAUAUUUCUGAGGAUGGAACUUAUGCUAUGAAGAAAGUUUUGAUUCAGAAUAGUGAUCAAUUGGAAAUGGUGAAGGAAGAGAUCCGUGUAUCUGCGCUCUUUAGCCAUCCGAAUCUGCUACCGUUGCUUGAUCAUGCCAUUAUUCCGGUGAAGGGGGCACCAGAACAAACAUGGACACAUGAAGCAUACUUGUUGUUUCCAGUGCAUUUGGAUGGGACAUUGUUGGACAACACACAAACAAUGAAAUCCAAAAAGGAAUUCUUUCCGACAUCCGAUGUUCUUCAAAUUUUCAGACAGCUUUGUGCAGGACUUAAGCAUUUGCAUACCCUUGAUCCGCCAUAUGCACAUAACGAUGUAAAACCGGGCAAUGUGCUUUUAACACAUCGUAAAGGACAGCCGCCUCUAGCAAUACUAAUGGAUUUUGGAAGCGCUCGCCCUGCUAGAAGACAAAUACGCUCUCGCUCAGAGGCACUGCAAUUACAGGAGUGGGCAUCUGAGCAUGUUUCAGCACCGUUCAGAGCUCCGGAAUUGUGGGAUUGCCCCAGCCAGACGGACAUUGAUGAGCGGACCGAUGUAUGGUCACUAGGUUGCACUUUGUUUGGCAUAAUGUACGGGGCAUCUCCGUUUGAGUACGCGCUAGGGGAAUCAGGGGGAAGCUUACAGCUGGCUGUUAUGAACGGACAGAUAAAGUGGCCUGCAGGUCCAAAACCGCCAUACCCAGAAGCCCUACAUCAGUUUGUAUCGUGGAUGCUUCAGCCUCAAGCCACUGUUCGACCGCGUAUUGAUGACAUCAUCAUUCAUGUUGACAAGCUGAUCUCAAAGUUCUCUCUUUAAGUUUUACCGGGUUAGUAGAUGACAGUUUAUAUGAACUUGUCUAGUUGGUAUUGCGGUUAUCAUACAUAUGCCAUUGCUAUGUUUUUAUCUAGUUUGUAACUGUUACGGACAUAAAUAAUAUGAGGUGUUUCUUCUUUAAUAAUAUUGAUGCUUGUGAUUGUUAUAGA